AUGUGGCUUAACAACCUGGUCGCGGCGCAGGCCGUCCUGGCGCUGCUUGGCUCAGCUUCACCAACAGGAGAUUUCGAGAAACUCGCCAAACGACAGACGAUUCUUCCCUUCACCGAAUACGAUGGACCUCUAGCAUAUUCUCCGCCAAAAUAUCCGUCUCCAUGGGGUCGUGGAUCUGGUAACUGGUCCGCUGCGUACCAGAGGGCUAGAGCUUUUGUUUCUCAACUCACUCUGGCUGAAAAGGUCAACCUCACUACAGGUGUUGGUUGGGAAGGCGAGCAAUGUGUUGGAAAUGUUGGUGCUAUUCCAAGACUUGGCUUCCACUCUUUGUGCAUGCAGGAUUCACCUCUGGGUAUCAGAUUCGCUGACUACGUUACCGCUUUCCCAUCGGGCAUCAAUGUCGCAGCAACAUGGGAUCGAUCACUCGCAUAUGCUCGUGGCGUCGCCAUGGGUGAAGAACACAGAGAUAAAGGUGUUGAUGUCCAACUUGGGCCUGUCUGCGGUCCCCUUGGUCGCAUCCCUGAAGGUGGUCGAAACUGGGAAGGUUUCUCGCCUGAUCCAUAUCUGACAGGCCAGUUGAUUGCACCCACCAUUCAGGGCAUACAAUCUGCUGGUGUGAUUGCCUGCACCAAGCACUACAUCGUAAACGAACAGGAACACUUCAGACAAGCCCCGGAAGCUCGAGGCUAUGGUUUCAAUAUCACAGAGUCUCUCAGCUCAAAUGUCGACGACAAGACAAUGCACGAACUGUACCUGUGGCCCUUUGCCGAUGCCGUUCGUGCAGGCACUGGAUCUAUCAUGUGUUCGUACAACCAGAUCAACAACUCUUACGGUUGCAGCAACUCUUACACCUUGAAUUACUUGCUCAAGCAGGAGCUCGACUUCCAAGGCUUCGUCAUGUCAGACUGGCAAGCACAGCACUCUGGCGUUGGCGACGCGCUUGCUGGACUCGACAUGAGUAUGCCUGGCGAUACCCUGUUCCUAACAGGCGACAGCUUCUGGGGCACGAACCUGACCAUCGCAGUUCUGAAUGGCACCAUUCCACAAUACCGAGUCGACGACAUGGCUGUACGUAUCAUGGCUGCCUACUACUACGUUGGUCGCGAUCAAGCUUAUGUGCCCACAAACUUCGACUCGUGGACACGAGACACCUAUGCUCCGAUCCAUGCAGCCGUAGAGUCUGAGAUCGGUCUAGUCAACCAACAUGUUGAUGUUCGACGUAACCAUGCAGCCAAUGUUCGAGCUGUUGCCGCGGCUUCGAAUGUCCUUCUCAAGAACAACGGUGCACUACCACUCAGUGGAAGAGAAAAGUGGACUGCCAUUAUCGGUGCGGAUGCAGGCAGCAAUGCGUAUGGUGCAAAUGGUUGCGCUGAUCGAGGCUGUGACAAUGGCACAUUAGCUAUGGGCUGGGGUUCAGGAACCGCUGACUUCCCUUAUCUGGUCACGCCGGAGAUGGCAAUCACAUGGCACAUCCUCAACACUGGAGGAGGUGAGGUGUUCGCUGUCACGGACUACGGUGCCGAGAGCCAGAUUGUGAGCACGGCGGAACAAGCCACCGUGUCUCUCGUCUUUAUAAACGCCGACUCAGGUGAGGGUUACAUUAGCGUUGAUGGCAAUGAGGGUGACCGCAAGAACUUGACUGCCUGGAAGAACGGUGACCGUAUCAUCAACAACGUGACAGCCGUCUGUAACAAUACCGUCGUUGUCAUUCAUUCGGUCGGCCCGAUUGACGUUUCACCCUGGUACAAUAACGAGAACGUCACUGCUAUUGUCUGGGCUGGUCUACCAGGACAGGAGAGUGGUAACGCUAUCGUGGACGUACUCUAUGGCGCUGUCAACCCUGGUGGCAAGCUACCUUUCACCAUGGCACGAGCUGGCCAAUAUUCAACCUCUAUCCUCUCUGAGCCUAACAACGGUCAAUUUGGCGCUCCUCAACAGGAUUUCACGGAAGGUCUUCUGAUCGACUACCGCGCCUUCGAUGCCAACAAUAUUGACCCCAUCUAUGAAUUCGGAUUUGGUCUCAGCUAUACUAGUUUCAGCUACUCCAACCUCGUCGUCACGCCUGUCAAUGCCGCUGCGUACACUCCCACCAGUGGGCAAACAGAACCUGCUCCUACUUUUGGCUCGGUCGACACAAACGUGAACAACUACGUCUUCCCAAGCAAUAUCGAACGAGUGCCUCUCUAUAUCUACCCUUACUUGAACAGCACGGAUCUAGAAGCCUCUGCUGCGGAAGAAGACUAUGGUCUACCAAGCAGCCAGUAUAUCCCUCCUGGAGGCACCGAUGCUAAUCCUCAGCCGCUUGUUGCUGCUGGAGGCGCUCCGGGUGGCAAUGUUGGCCUAUAUGAGACAGUCGCAGUCGUACAAGCUACAGUAACAAACACUGGAAGCGUUGUGGGCGACGAAGUGGCUCAACUCUAUGUUGGUCUUGGCGACGGUGAACCACCGAAAGUCCUCCGAGGAUUUGAAAGAUUGACCAUCGCUCCCGGCGCCUCUGCAACCUUCACUGCUGAACUGACAAGAAAAGACGUUUCAGUGUGGGAUGUCACCAGCCAGAAUUGGAUCCAGGUUGAAGAUCCAAUCAUCUAUGUUGGCGCAUCAAGUCGAAACCUCCCUCUCCAGGGUUCACUUAGAAAUGGGGGUUCUGGAUCAUCCAGCCCGAGUGCUUCUGCUGCGAUGAGUUCUGCGGCAUCGCCUUCGGGCUCUGCUUCUCGUCAAAGCAGCGGUGCCUCUCGUGUCUCACAAAUUUCCGACGGUCAGGUUCAGGCACCCACCGCUACUGUCUCACAAAUUAGUGAUGGUCAACUGCAAGCUCCUACCACUAGAGCUGUCUCUCAGAUCUCCGAUGGUCAAAUUCAGGCAACCCGCACAUCAUAG